GGAUGAGCCUCUUUUUCGAUGUGGGUUAAAGAUGGCGUAGAAAGUCAGAUCUGAUAUUUUGUUAAAACAUGGCCAGGAAAGCGUUGAAUAGGCUUGCUUCUGAAUUUGCAACCUACCUACAAAAUGGUGUAUCCCGCAGUAUUAAGGGAUUAAAUGGCGAACUCUUUCAGUUAAAUCUGGAUCGAUUUCUGUAUGACUUUAAGGACGAAAGAGCAAAUGAGAAAUGGUUGACAGUCAGUGACAAAGAUUUUGGUGGUAAAUCACUGAGCUUAUUUGAGAAAAGCCAACAUGGACACUGCGUAUUUAGAGGAGAAUUGUCUACAUCAUUGCCAGGAGAUGAAGAUACCAAAUAUUCUGGAUUUUGCGCAAUAAAAUCUAUACCAGACAAGGGUUUUUUGGAAAAAGUUGUCCCCCAUGACCUGGACCAAUUUGAUACACUUGAAUUAAGAGUUAGGGGUGAUGGGAGAACAUACUUUUUCAACAUUCAUCCAGAAGGCAAUAGUCCAGAUGAUCUUUAUCAAGCUUUUAUCUUUACAAGAGGAGGUCCAAAUUGGGAAAUUGUAAGGAUACCCUACAGCAAGUUCAUUCUAACUAACCAAGGAUUCUUACAAGACAACCAGAUUCGGUUUGAUAAAAUUAGAUCAUUUGGAUUUUCAAUAAGUGACAAGAAAAAUGGACCAUUUCAUUUAGAAAUUGACUACAUUAGAGCAAUUACAAGGUUCAUUCAACCAGCAGAAUUUGAAUAAUUCUAGCUGAGUAGCAAUGAAGCUGGUCAAUGUGAGAAUCAGGCUAUGACGGCAAUCAUAUACGUUUAGUUGUAUCAAUGUGUUAUGUAUAUGUUGAGUGCUUAGUGAAUUUAGGCUGAGAAUAUAUACAUUUCGAUUUGGC